AUGGCGGAUUCGACCGGACCGCCUGUGGCGAGUCUGCAGCUGGCGAAGCCUCGCAGCAUGUUCCUCUGCGGCUCGCUGCCGGUCUGGCUCGAUCGCGAGUUCACCACGCUCGAGUUCUCUCCGGGGAUAUCGAGAUCUUUCUUCCACGAUAGGACUCCCGGCAUUCCCAAGGUGAUCCCUCCCCCAGCCCGACCGUCCCUGGACACGCAUCCCCCCGCAUGGCUGCACCGAGACAACAUCCUCCUGCCAGUCGACCGUCCCUCGGACCCUCCAGGUUCCACCUGGGGGGGGUCGUAUCUGCACCACAGCGGCGCGCGCAAGUGCGAGGCGCUGGCGGUGAGGGGUCUGGCGGAGUUUGGGGAGGACGCGGUGGACGUGAUAGCGCCCGCGGACGUGCUGAAGCAGCUGUUCAAACUGCCCUUUUCCAAGGCGAGCCUCUUUGUCAGCGUGCACCGCGUUGGCCGCACGCUCGUGCUCAACCCCGGGGGGCUGGCGGAGUUUGGGGAGGACGCAGUAGACGUGAUAGCGCCCGCGGACGUGCUCAAGCAGCUGUUCAAGCUGCCGUUUUCCAAGGCCAGCCUCUUUGCCAGCGUGCACCACGUCGGCCGCACGCUCGUGCUCAACCCCGGCUCCGAGCCUUGCUGUGUGGACUCCCACAACGUGCCUGGGUGUGUGGACUCCCACAAGGUCGCACGGACCUCCAGAGGGCAACGCGAGGCGAUUCUGCUCUCCAAGCUGGUAACCCCGGAUUUGAAGAAUCAGAUUGAAGGCGUUCAAGGGGAAGUGAAAGUGGAAGUGGAAGAGGAGGAGGAGCAGGAGCAAGAGGAGGGGUAUGCGCGUUGGGAGGGCGCUGGGAAGGGCAAGCCAUGCAGCAAGCGGGAGAGAAGGCUGGAUAAUGGCAGCAACGGAGGAGCGGGGAGGCGAAUUGAAACAGGGGUAGGAGGAGGAGGAGGUGCGGGGAAGCGAAUGGAGACAGGAGGAGGGGGAGGAGGAGGUGUGGAGGCAGAGAGAGGGGCGGACAGGUUUGCCCGGGUGGUGUUCUGGCAGUUGGAGCACCUGAGGCUGUUUCUUGGCAGCGACCUGAUUCUGUUCAGCAAUGAGAAGCAUGCUGCUGUCAGCCUUCACCUCGUUGACGUGGAGCAUGAGAGCUCCCCUUUGGUGUGGCUCGAUAUAUGGCUCGAUAACCUGAUGGCGGGGGUGCCGGAAUUAGCCAUCUGCUACCAUCACAAGGGCGUCGUGCAGGGCUACGAGCUGCUGCACUGUGACGACGUGUUUCUGCUCAAGUGCCUCGCGAGAGACGGGUCGGCGUCGUUCUACCCCCACGCUGUGAGGGACAGCGCGCUCGCCAUCCUGGGGUUCCUGCAGGACAAGUGCGUGCGCAGCCCCGGCACCUACUGGCUUCGCAAGGAUGCAGGCACUGACGUGCUGCAGCUAUUCGACCUCACUCCACCGCUCCAGAACCCAUCUGCACCGCUCCGCCUCGCCCCAUCCCUCGCUACCCAUCCUUCACCCCUGGGAGAACCAUCAGGAGAGGCAGCAGGGGCAAGAGCGGGACGAGCAAGGGGGGCAGCAGUGGGGACAGCAGGGGAGGCAGCAGGGGGGCUAGCGGGGCGAGCAGGAGGGAACUCCCCGUUAUCUUCUCUCGAUCCGGCUGUAGCAGCGCACCUCUCCCUGCCCCUCGCUAUGCUGCUCUACCGCCUAGCCCUUCAUCUCUCAGACUCCCAUGUGCCUCGGGAUCGGCACAGGACAGCCCAGCUGUUUGGGUACUGCUUGCAACUGCUGCACCAGAAAGACCACCCGGUCUGCAUAGCUGUUUGGUUACUGCCUGCAGCUGCUGCACCAGAAAGAAAACCUGCGUAUGAGCGGGCGGUGCAGCGUAUGAGCGGGCGGUGCAGCGUACGAGCGGGCGGUGCAGCGUACGAGCGGGCGGUGCAGCGUAUGAGCGGGCGGUGCAGCGCAAGAGCGGGCGGUGCAGCGUACGAGCGGGCGGUGCAGCGUACGAGCGGGCGGUGCAGCGUACGAGCGUGCGGUGCAGCGUACGAGCGGGCGGUGCAGCGUACGAGCGGGCGGUGCAGCGUACGAGCGGGCGGUGCAGCGUAUGAGCGGGCGGUGCAGCGUAUGAGCGGGCGGUGCAGCGUAUGA